AUGGAUCCAGUAACUCACCAUUCUCACACUCCCCAGCCUCUCAAAAUGGUCCGUUUUAAUCUGCGAGAACAGCUCCCACUCCAUAUCAAGCGCGCUAUUUGCGCGCACCACGUCGAAAACCCCCGCCUGCGUCAUGUUGACCUGGCGAGGUGGUGUUACUCUCAUUACGGCUUGCGCCCGGAUCGCUCCACUGUCGGGCGCAUUUUGAAGAGCGCGGAACGACGGGCUGUCACGGCAACCGGCGACAACCAAGUGCGCCGGCGAGGUGGCGCAUGGCCUGAGCUGGAGCAGGCCAUGUCGCGGUGGAUUGCAAACGCGGGGCCCGCCGGCGUGCCGCUUACCCUGCAGACCAUCCGCGACCAUGUCGCGGCCAUCGCGCGGAACAUGGGCAUUCCGCCCACAUUCCGCUGCUCCAUCGGCUGGGUGCGCCGUGCUUUGCGGCGCCAGGGGGUGCGGUGCCGUGCAGCACAAGGCGAGGCGGCUAGCGCGGACAUGGCCGCCGUGCGCGGCGCCCGGGAGAAGCUUCCGCAACUCCUCACUCAUCUCGGCGUCACCCCGCGGGACACAUUCAACCUGGACGAGACCGCACUAUGGCUCUCCGUGCUCCCUAGGCGCACGUACAGCAACGGCCGCAUACCAGGUCGCAAACGGUGCUGGUGGCGCACGGGGUGUCUUCCGCUCUCGUGGUCCUUGGAGCUGCCACACGUUCACGACGACGAACCCCGCCCUGCCUUAUAUCCCGACAUUGAGCUCGACGCCGACAUCGACGAUGUCGGCACGCUCAUCAGCGGGCUCGGCCUCGGGAACGGAGCAAUGACGGCCGCCGAGUACGUCGCCGUCGACGAUGGCGAGCCAACGUGCGCCGAUCGCGCUGCGGGAGAGCCCACCACGGAGCCGGAGGCGGGCCUGGUGGUGGAGCUCUGGGAGGCGCCGACGACCAUGCAGGCCGUCUACGACGACGCCGACCCCGUUGGCCGCGAAGCCCGGCGCAUUGCCCGGGCGGCAUGCGAGAUGCUCAUCGGAUAUGCUCGGGCAACCCGCAUCACGCCGCGCGAUCUCUGCCAUCUAUUUGAUAUCCGCAACCCUAUCAUUAUCGCGCGGAUGGAGCGGGCGAGCCCGUCAUUCAACCUCAACGUGGCCCCUCAGCCCGUCCCCACCCCCGACGCAACUCCCACGCCCGAGACCCCUCGUCUGCGCGGCCGUGUGCUUCCUGGCUGGAUGACCCAGCCGUCCCGCCGUCAGCAGCUGCUCGACGCCGGUGUGGGCGCCGUGAUGGGCAGCUAUGUGGACGCGGCUGAGUGGAUGCGUCUUGUUGACCGCGCACUCGGCAAGGUAAGGCGGUUGCGCAGCCGUCUUUCCCCCGAGUUUUCCCCGCGCACCCUGCCAAUCUACAUCGUCCGCUUCCACGCCAUGCCCCCCGCGGCCACGUACACCGGCGGAAUCCUCGGCUUCCCCGCAACCGCUGCGCCGAUGGACGACUCGGACGAAGGGCUAAUCGCCUCCGCGGCUUCCGCGGGGUCGGCGGAUGCCGGCGGGCUGCGCCGCGCGUUCGACGCGUCGCAGCCGCACGUGCGCGCGUACGCGGCGCACCUGGUGCGCAUGCACAGCGCGGUGCUGGCGGAAGCGGGGGUCGAUAGCAGCGCGCACGUUUACAGCUACACGUAUGCUAUGAACGGCGUAGCAGCAACGCUCACUCCGCAACAAGUGGCGGCACUUAAGAGACGACCAGAAGUGGGGUCGGUGAGAGAGGCGCCUAAGUACGAGCUGCACACGACAUUCACGCCCACGUUCCUGAACCUGCGCAAGCGCGUGUGGAGCAACGAGACGCUCCAGAACGGGCAGAAGGGCGCGGGGCAGCAAGGCGAGAAUGUGAUUAUCGGCGUGAUCGACACGGGCAUCUGGCGGGAGAACCCUGCGUUCAGUGAUGAUGUCACCCCGCUCUAUGGCCCGGUGCCAGCCCAGUGGAAGGGGUCGUGCAUGACGUCAGCGGACUUCCCCAGCUGCAACCGCAAGCUGAUAGGCGCGCGCGGGUUCUUCCAGGGGCUCAAGGCGUCGGGUUACACCAUGGACUGGACCAUCGACUACAAGUCCGCACGAGACGUGGCGGGGCAUGGCACUCAUACCACCAGCACGGCGGGCGGCAACAGCGGCGUGGAAGUGAAGCUGAAUGGCUUCUCGUUUGGAACAGCCAGCGGCAUGGCGCCACGUGCACGCGUGGCUAUGUAUAAGGUCUUCUGGGCGACGGUGGAGAGCGGGAGGGACAACUGUGACGGGUCAGACAUUCUCAAGGCUGUUGAUACAGCCGUGGCGGAUGGAGUGGACGUGAUCAGCCUGUCCGUGGGCCGCCAGGCUCCUCUCUUCUUUGACGAUGAUGAGAUGAUCUACCUCAAUGCCGCCAGGGCAGGCGUGCUGGCGUCAGUUUCAGCGGGCAACAGCGGCCCCACUACCAUCGGAGACGCCUUCUUUCGCAGCAUAGGGCACCCGUCCCCGUGGAUGAUCACCGUUGCUGCCAGCUCCCACGGCCGCAACUACAUGACUGAUGUGACGGUCAACGGGGACAAGUUCUCUGGGCGAUCGAUGGUGGGGACGGGCGGUGGGGAGCUGAUUUUAGGGAAGAACGGCGUGAAGGCCGGAGGGAACGCGUGGAUGGCGGGUGUGUGUGCGUCAGGCACCCUCGACCCAGCCAAGGUCUCGGGCAAGAUCGUGGUGUGCCGACGCAUAUCCCAAUUCGGAGGGUGGAGCUCCGAGGACCUCCUCCCUAUAAGCAUCACCGUUAAGAAGGCGGGCGCUGCGGGUGUGAUUAUAUACAACACGGCUAAGGCGGAUCGUGUAGUGGCUGUGCUUCAUCCAAUCCCUGCGUGCCACCUGGACCGGUACACUGGCAAGAGGCUCGUGAAGCUUCUGGGAAAUUCCACAGGAGUAAAGGCCAAAAUCUCAGCCUCGUACGUGAAGCAGCUGGCGGCGCCCACCGUCGCGUCUUUCUCCUCCACGGGACCCAACGUCGACCCCGUGCUAGACGCCCGGGAGGGCGGCAAGUACUCGUUCGGGUACAACGACGUCUUAAAGCCCGACAUCACCGCACCGGGGCUGGAGGUGUGGGCUGGGUGGACCCAGUCGCCCUUCCAGGAGCCCUACGGGAUUGCUUCAGGCGUCGUCCCUGCUGCCUCCAUGUCUCAUCUCUUGAUCAGCGGGACUUCCAUGUCCUGCCCGCACAUCUCCGGCCUCGCUGCAAUUAUCAAGGGGAAAUACCCCAACUGGUCGCCCUUUGCCCUCAAAUCCGCGCUCAUGACCACGGCGUACACCUUAAACAACAAGAACAAGCCGAUUUACUCGGCCGGGCAGCUACGAGCAGCAGACCCCUUUGACUAUGGCACGGGGCAUGUGGACACGUUUAAAGCCCUGGACCCAGGGCUGGUGUACGACUCUACAGUGCUUGAGAAUGUGAAGUUUCUUAUAGCGGUUGAUGCAGUGGACGUAAAGCAGACGUCAGCGUAUUGGGCGGUGGCCAAGGAGAAAAGGAAGCCGCUUGCCCACCCGUGA